CUCAUAAGCCCACUCACUCUCUCUCAAACAAAAACCAUUUCAGUCAUGGCUAAACGUUUCAAGCUUAAAUUUUCAUUGCAAUUCUGUCGUUUCAACCACCCUUCCACUCUCCCGGUAAAUCCAUCACCGGCAAUUUACCGGCUGUCUCCGGUCAACACCAGAGCACUGGACAUCGCGAACCCAAACCUCCCGGCCCCACCAUCGACACCAGAACACCCUCCCUACAAACGCCACGUGUCUACGACGACCGUAUCCGUCGGCUGCGGAAGCCGAUCAAGAUCGUGCAAUCAGCACUUGCACAGCACCGUAUCAUCACCUGAUUACACGCGGAAGAAAAAAGCUCAAGGGAAUCAGAGUAGGUUUUGCAACGAAGGCGAAAGGAAGAAAGAAAGCGAAACAACGCUAAGCAAGGAGGGCAGUACAAGUAUGUUUUACAACGACGGCGAGGAAGACGAAGAGAGCGAAAGCUUAAUUCUUUCCUCGACAAGCUUCUCGAUUAAUGAUUGGUCUCACGACUUCAUCGACUCGGCGGAGACUGUGAGCGGAAAACCAACAGAGAAGGAAAUGGAUAACGUGAAGAAUGCCAGGGGGCUGAGAAGAUGCGAAUCUAUUGCGGCGAGCGCGUCGGCGUUGCGGCGGAUGAUAGCGAGUACGGUGCAUGGGACGAAGGUGAGGGAGAGCUUUGCAGUGGUGAAAAGGACGGAGGAUCCGUACGAGGACUUCAAGAGGUCGAUGCUGGAGAUGAUAUUGGAGAAGCAGAUUUUCGAGACCAAGGACUUGGAGGAGCUAUUGCGGUGCUUUUUGUCUCUCAAUUCGCGGUUGUAUCACGGAGUUAUCGUGGAGGCCUUCUCGGAAAUUUGGGAGUUCUUGUUCUGUGAUUCACCUGAUGACCACCGAGCUUCGCUGGGACUUUAAUUGCUCAAGCAAAAUGAAAUUUGAUCUUUUUGGACCGUACUAGUACGACUGCUUACUAUCUAUAGAAUUACUUUUUCUUUUA